AUGGACAGGAAGAUUUCUCUACAGCGACUGCGGGAUGCGAUACCCAAAAAGUGUUUUCAACCCUCAUCGUUCAGAUCAGGACUCCACAUCGUCACCGAUCUGGUUCUCUCCGGAGCUCUCGCAGGCCUCGCCCUUCGCUUCAUCCCUCAGAUCGAGGUCUGGUCACUACGCGUAGCACUAUGGAUGACAUACGGCUAUGUUCAAGGCCUCAUUUUCACCGGCAUCUGGAUUUUGGCGCAUGAAUGCGGACAUCAGGCACUCUUCAAGAGUAACUUCACCAACGACACACUUGGCUUCGUGCUGCAUAGCGCACUCUUGGUCCCUUACUUUUCCUGGAAAUACACCCACGCCCGCCACCAUCGAUACCACAACCAUAUGGAGAAAGACACUGCCUUUGUCCCGAACCAGAAGGGCGAAAGCACUUGGUCCAUGAGCUUGGCAAAGCUCAAUCACAAUGCGGAAGAUGCCCCUCUAGUUACAGCAGCCAUGCUUGCCGGGCAUCAACUUCUUGGAUGGCAGACGUACGUCAUGAGCUACGCAUCCGGAGGCACAUCAUCAACGCCCCAGCAGCCGAAUGGAAAGUUGUUGGAUAGAAGCCAUCUUAACCCGGCAGCUUCCCUCUGGACCCCAUCCCAGCGCUUCUACAUCGCGCUCUCGACCGCGGGCAUGAUCGCCACGGGAACAGCGCUCUACUUCGUGAGCAAGAGCCUCGGCUUCCAGUAUCUAGCUCUGCUGUACUUUGUCCCCUACCUCUGGCUCAACAAUUGGAUCAUCGCCAUCACAUAUCUCCACCAUACGCACCGAGACGUGCCGCACUUUGACGCUGACGGAUGGACGUACGUCGAUGGUGCUUUGGGAACUGUGGAUAGGCCGUUUGGGUUUGUCGGAAAGCAUCUGUUCCAUGGGAUUAUUGACUACCACGUGAUUCAUCAUUUAUUCCCAUCGAUCCCAUUCUACGAGGCAGAGGAGGCGACGAAGGCGAUCAGAAAGGAACUAGGUGGGCGAUAUCUGACAGACGAUACGCCUUUCUGGUUGGCACUAUGGAGAACUUUCCGAUCUUGUCAGGUCGUGGCGCCAGUGAAGGGUACGCCUGGUAUCCUGAAAUGGGAGUAA